GUCGCUGACCACAGACCAAUCUUCUUUCUCUAUUGAUUCUUUUCAACCGUUUUGAGUCCCGUACACAUUGGUAUUCUUCUGUCAUAAGCUUUGAGCAAUUUUUCAUUUUUUCUAUUGUUAUUGGAAUCGCACUAUUUGGAUCUACAAAAUCUGCUAUUCAGUGUUUGUGAGCGGAUUCAGUUGAAGGAAACAGUCGAUAAGGACAUGGCAGGCCAUUACGAUCGGAAUCCAUUUGACGAGGAAGAAGAAGUGAAUCCAUUUUCUAAUGGAGGGAGAGGAAAGGCAUCGGGACAACAAUUUAGUGGAGGCUCAUUCUAUACUACUUCUGGAAGUGUUCCUCCUGCUGUAAACUCAAGGCUCUCACCCCUCCCUCCAGAGCCUGCUGAUUUCUACAAUCCUACUGCACCAGUCGAUAUUCCUCUCGAUAGUGCUUCUGACCUAAAAAAGAAAGAGAGAGAGCUACAGGCCAAGGAAUCUGAACUCAAGAGAAGGGAACAGGAAGUUAGGCGGAAAGAAGAGGCUGCUGCACGAGCUGGUAUUGUUCUCGAGGAGAAAAACUGGCCUCCAUUCUUCCCUAUCAUUCAUCAUGACAUCGCGAAUGAAAUACCGAUUCAUUUGCAGAAGAUUCAGUUUGUUCACUCGGUCUUGGAUUUUGGCCCUUGGCAUGAGGCUUCUGGCCUCUGUUUUGCCCUUCUCUGGAACGUUAUAGCUGUAACUACUGCAUGGAUUAAACUGGGAGAUGCAAAGAUCUGGUUUCUUGCUAUUAUCUACUUUAUUUCUGGGGUUCCAGGAGCAUAUGUGUUAUGGUAUCGACCGCUUUACCGCGCUUUUAGGACUGAAAGUGCUAUGAAGUUUGGGUGGUUUUUCAUGCUUUACAUGCUGCACAUUGGCUUCUGCAUAUUUGCUUCAGUUGCACCUCCUGUCGUUUUCAGAGGAAAAUCUCUAACAGGUAUCCUCCCAGCGAUUGAUGUAAUAGGCGACCACGUGCUAGUUGGGAUUUUCUACUUCAUUGGAUUCGGGCUAUUCUGCCUCGAGUCAGUUCUCAGCAUUUGGGUCAUACAGCAAGUCUACAUGUAUUUUCGAGGCAGCGGGAAAGCUGCAGAGCUGAAGCGCGAGGCAGCGAGAGGAGCGUUGAGAGCAGCAGUCUAAUACCUCAAGUGCCAUUUCAUAGAUGAACAUAUGUAAAUCAUAUUUUGAAAUUUAUGGUAUUAAAAUAAUGUUUUUGAGAAGAUUUUCUGAGGGAAGGACUAGGAAGGAUUAAAAUUUUUAAAAAAUAUUGGAUGUAGAAGCUGGAUCCACCUGCUCUGAGUUUGAUGAUUCAUAGAUUGUUUGUUUGUAAA